AGCAUAAAACAUUUCUUAACAUCUGAUGAAGACGGACUUUCUACUGUUACAGCGAUGUCACUUAUUACUUUGAGACUUUUAUUAAUCAGUAUUAGUCUCUUCUUUCCUGAAACGUUUUGUUACCGUCAGCUUGUAUCAGAUUUAACCGAGAUUAGGCAGAGUUCUACAUAUGAGAACAAUGUAGCCUCUCGAGCAAUAGAUGGAGGGUCAGGGUUCUCUAUGUCCAGUGGAUCCUGUUCUCAUACAGGAGUAGGACAAUCGGAAGCCUGGCUACGAAUAGACCUGAAGAAAGUCUACUCAAUCAAUACUAUAGAAAUAUUGUAUCGAAAUGAUCGCGGCAGUGAUUUGGUGAACACCCAAAGAUUACACGGUUAUUCUCUGCAGUACUAUGAUAAUGAAUGGAAGGAAUGUUAUAGGGACAGUACGCCUGAUAAUGUCCCCAUACCAAUGCAGUCCACCGUACCCUGUCGCCAACACACUCAAUAUAUAAGAAUCUACACAUACACACCGAGUCCAAACGAUCAGUAUGUCUUCCUGGAAAUAUGCGAAGUAAAAAUAUUAGGUUGCGAUGUACAUCAAUAUGGAAAGAAUUGUACUCACUGUUCACGCGGUUGUAAUAAAUGUGACAUUGUCAAUGGUUGUGUAAAGUGUAAACCAAGAUUUUCCGGAGAAAAUUGUGAAUCUUGCACAGCGAAGUGGUACAACGAAGACUGUUUUCAGAAAUGCAGUGAUAAUUGCCCAAAUGACGAAACUUGUAACGAAGUGAAGGGAAAUUGUCCAGGAAGGUGCCUACCGGGAUAUAGAGGGGCCAUUUGUGAACAAAAGUGCUCAGGUGGGAUGUAUGGAUUCAAGUGCAUGAACACGUGUGAUACUUGUGUCAAUAUGUCAUGUGAUCAUAUUACUGGGUCAUGUGACCAUGGCUGUACCGAGGGAUGGACUGGGGACCUUUGUGUGGAAGAGUGCUCAAAUGGCACUUACGGUUUUCAGUGUAAGAACACGUGUGAUACAUGCGUUAAUAUGUCAUGUGAUCAUGUAAAUGGGUCAUGUGACGUAGGCUGUAUAGACGGUUGGACUGGAGAAAUGUGUGGAAAAGAACUCGGCAAAUUCAUCAAUUUUCAGUUUGCCCUGAAGGUCAUUACGGUCACAACUGUUCUGGACAAUGCCAGAAUUGUGAAAACGAGACUUGCAAUCACGUGUCAGGGUCGUGCCAGGGAUUAUGUAAAGAAGGUUGGGGAGGAGACAAGUGUCAGGAAGCUCUUAAAACCUCUACAGUGAUAUUCCCUUUUAUAUAUGUAUUAAAUGGAGCCUGUGGAAGUAUACUGGUGGUUUAUAUAGUCAUAAUUAUUGUCGUGGUAGUAAGGUAAUGUAUCUUACUUUUACGUAUAGGUAACCUUAGCGUAAGUUUGAUUGGAUUGAUAGUAUUAAUUUUUCUUUGGACAGAAGUGUUGGUUAUAUGUUUCAAUUAUUUUCAUUUCAGAAAUUUGUUUAGCUUUGGGGAAUUUUUUUAUAGUAUUUCUUAAUCAAAGUUUGAUAAUGUGAAAUUGAGUGUUUGGCAUUAUAAAUAAUGAUUCAAUCGUGCUCAAAGGGACAUUUACACCGCUUGAAUUGAUUAUUUAAAAACCAAGUUUAAUGUUUAAUAUUAUUCUUUUCUUGUACAAUUCUAAUGAUGAGCAAAAGUUUGAACACCAUUUAUUGAUUUACAAACGAGAUACAGAACUGAAAAUCCUUCAUAAUGUAAACAAGAUUCGUGUCUUGUUUUGGUUUACAUAUAGAAAAUAUCAAAUUUGAAAAUAAGAUUCUGUCAGUACAUCACUUGAAAUCGCUAAUCGCCGUCAUACUAUUGAAAAAGCUGCUUUGAAUAAGCAUAUUUUACUAUGUUUAAGCAAUGUAAACAAAAACAUGGCUCGAGCCUUGUUUACAAAACAAAGGUUUGGAUUUUUUAAUCUGUGUUGUAUCUAAACAACCGAAAUUCGUAUUUUGAUGAUCAUUAGAAAUACCUUAGUUAA